AUGCAGACAGCAGAGGCCUUGUCAGCGCUCCUCACUACCAACAGGAACUGCUCGUUUGAAAUCACCAACGUCAGCUCUGUCUACUGCCUCAUUAACCCAAAGGUUUACAUGUCAAGCGGCUUCUGCCACCACCCGCCGCAGCCCACUAUCCGCAGCAUGCGCACCGAGCUCUGCUCCUUCGACAAGGAUGACCACACUGCCACCGGCGCAGUGGGCCUGCUGACCUACGACCUCUUCCACAUGCAGAACCGGACAUGCUCCCAGCGCAUGGCCAUCAUGUUCUCAGUGCCUUACGACCACAACUUGUACAAGAACCGACUGGCGGUGGGGAUCUUUGAGGCGUCGCACAACUGUGACAAGAAAAUGUACGAGCAAAUGUACGACGGCAAGGAGACGGGCUACUUCAGCCGGGCCGACGCCAGCGGCUCCGGGCUGGUGUUCGGCAAUAACCAGGUGGAUGUCAGAGCCACCAUGUCCACGGUGGGCAAAGCCAUCAUUAAAGUGGAGUUUUACGAUCAACUGACUCGUUAG